AUGGGCUUCUCCCUCACCUCCCUCCUCGCUACGGCGUCUUUAGCCCUCGCGAUUCCACACGACUUCCAGAUUGGAGAACGGGCCCCAGUCAGCACCAUCGACAUCCGAUACCGACAUGACAAAGUCACCAACAAAUACGCUCUCGCUGUCUUGGACAAAGAUACACACCAAGUUCUUGCUCGUGUUUGCGAUAAAUCCAUCAGAUCGGGUGCCUUUUCGGCCCUGCCUAUCCACGUUGAUGCCGACGGUGAAGCCUUUGGGACCAUCACUGUCGGAUCUCGCACCCAUGCAAUCGGGCACCGCUCACGCCAAGUUGACUGCUGGAGCAUGUACAGCAAUCGUGCCGCCACAGUAACCUGCCAUGUGUCUCUCAGGCACUUGCCGGCACUGGAUUUUGAUGCGUUAGCUCACGACACACCGGCGCCACCCUGUUUCGACAACUUUCCCUUGGUAGAGCAAAGCGAUGUGGAUGGGACUCCCUCCAACGUCACCCAGCUCGAGCUUGCCCAACAUGAAAUUGGUAACGAGGGGUUGGAGACUGUCCAGGCCCAGGACCAACUUCCGUCACACCCAACCUUGCGUGCCAGACAAGGUUCCAUUCUCCGCUGCCCUCCUUACCGCGAGACCAGACUGGUCGGCGAUGGCAACCCCCAUCAGAACUACUAUCAUGUUCAAAUGACGAGCAAAGGAAGAUGCGGCGACGGCGACUGCGAGAUCAGCUACGAAACCUCGGAGACUAAAACCUUCUCAUGGACAGCGUCCGCCUCCAUUGCUGGCUGGAUCUCUGGUGGAUUUGCUGUCGAAAAGUCGCACUCGUUCGCAGAGAAUUUCAAUUGCGUCGGCAAGGAGGGGCAUGACACGAAUGUCUGCGUGUGGCAGAUGAUCGCACACACAGCGUAUACCGUCCAGAACUAUAUCGUAUACCCCUGUUCUAAUAAAGCAGUCCGUGAUGGAGACCCCUUCAUUCUCUGGUCUCCCAACGCAAACAACGUUGGGAGCGAGUACUAUUGCGUCAGGAACACAUGCCGCGCAGGCAAAGGCGAUAAUUGGUGGGACAAAAGCCCAAGCAGGCCGGGGGGACCUCGCGACUGGUAA